AUGAGUCACUCUUCGGCCAAUUCUUCCUCACCGCCUAUUGAAAUCCAAGAAGCGUUGGAGAAACCUCUGCAGAUCCAGGGAGCUUUGGCCAUUCGUGAUAAUCUCGUUCCUAAUGUUUAUCUGUCAAUUCGACGUCUUCAAGCAGCUGGAAUCCGAUUUUGGAUUUUGACAGGAGACAAAGCGAGCACUGCUGAGUCGAUUGCUGUUUCUGCAGGAGUGAUCGACAUAAACAAAGAGUUGGUACACUUAAGCAUCGAUACUAGAAAUGAGCUGCCUUUUCAAGAGCGAAUUGUUCCAAAACUCGAAGAGCUUCAAUCUCGUUCUGAAAGUCCCUCACUUUUAAUAGAUGGAAAUCUCAUUGAUGAAGUGUUUCAGCAAGACAACGAAUCGAUCACUUCCUUGUUUUUGAAGUGUCUUUGCGACGCUCCUUCCGUGAUCAUUGCUCGAAUGCGGAAAGACCAGAAGCAGCUGAUUUCGCAGUCUCUGAAAGAAUAUGGUAGAAAGAAAGGCAAGCAAAUUGUGCACGUUUUGUGUGUUGGAGAUGGUGCGAAUGACAUGGGAAUGAUUCGAGAGAGCGACGGAAAGGAAGGUCUUCAAGCCUUUAACAAUGCAGAUGUGAGCAUUCCAUCCUUUCAAGCUAUGACGAAACUCUUGUUUGUUCAUGGGAAAUCAAACGAAAACCGACUUCAAGUACUGGUGUUAUACUUUCUAUACAAAAACACGCUACUUUCUAUUUUAACGCUAAUUUUGUCGUAUCUAUCAAUGUUCUCUGGAAUCAAGCUAAUGCCAUCUUGGGGCGUCGAUUUCUUCAACACAUAUUUUACAUCUGUACCGAUCCUAACGAUCGCAGCGAUUGAUUUUUUUUCGGACAAGGAAUUACUGGCACGAAUCCCUCAGCUUUACCAGCCAUCAUGGUUUGAACCACCCCUCAACACAAAGAAUUUCAUUAUCAACAUUAUUGUUUCCAUAGGGGAAGGAUUCGUGAUUAUUGGAUUCCUCUUGUUGUUUUCGGGUCUUAACGGAAUGGGCGAUGUGAGUAAAAAUAUGAGUAUCAGCUCUUCAUACUUGGGUGUAUUAGCGUUUACGAUUCUCGUUCUCGUGACAAACAUUGAGAUCUUCUUCAUUUCUUCGGCUUACUCUAUAUUGCUGAUCAUCUUUGAUGUUGUCAGCGUCUUGCUGUGGUUCCUUACCCUGGCAGUUACCUCAGGAAUCGCUUUCUUCCCAGCGGAGAGUGAAGAUCUUUACGGAUCUUUUCUAGUUAUCGUUGUUGAUCAUUCUGUUUAUCAUAUCACUCUUUUCGAUCGUCCGUUGCAUGAAGAUCGCGCUUCAGAAAGUGUGGUCUCCAUCACCUAG